UCCUCCCUUCUAGAAUCUUCCAUAUUGGCAGUUCUUUCGAUGUCUGAUUGACUGAUACACAGCACUGUUUCUUAUAUAGGUUGGAUCCAGUUUGUGAAGCAAGAAUAGCACAACACAAAUUCAUAGUACACCAUUUCCAUCGUAAUCAUCGUCGUGAAUAUGGCUCCAAUUGCUGUGGGAGAUGCUAUUCCAGACGGCAUUCUGGCUUAUUUGGAUGAUGAAAACAAACCCCAAUCUGUUUCCAUUCACUCUCUUGCCGCUGGCAAGAAAGUCAUCAUCUUUGGUGUUCCCGGUGCCUUCACUCCUACAUGCAGCUUGAAGCACGUGCCUGGCUUCAUCGAGAGAGCAGAAGAGCUGAAAGGAAAGGGUGUGGAUGAAAUCAUCUGUAUCAGUGUGAAUGACCCCUUUGUGAUGAACUCAUGGGCGAAAACUUUCCCAGAGAACAAGCAUGUGAAGUUUCUUGCAGAUGGUGCUGCGAAAUACACCAAUGCACUUGGGCUUGAGCUUGACCUGACAGAGAAGGGGCUUGGUGUUAGGUCUAGGAGGUUUGCUCUGCUGGUGGAAGACCUGAAGGUGAAGGUUGCCAAUGUUGAAAAUGCAGGAGAGUUCACUGUCUCCAGUGCUGAAGAUAUCAUCAAGGCUCUUUAAACCCUUCAGUUGUGGCUUAGGAACCUUUGUUCUUUCAUGUUCCUGUGACUCUUUUGAUGCCAAAACUUUUAGUACAAACAUUUUCAUAGAUGUAAUUGUGUUGUGUGCUUUUACAAGGGCAUGAUGUGGUGCAUGCUAUGGAAAUAAAUAAACUUUUUAGCUUCAA